CAGGACAGCACGCAGCCAUUAUUGAUUUGAUUAUUUACAGCUGUGCAUUUCCUUCAGUGACAUUUUCAAAAUGUCUGUCAUGAUAAUUUUCCAAUAGUUUACCUUUGGCUUGACGUGUUGUCUUAUGUGUGAAAUUAUUAUUGAGGUGCUGGUAGAUAGGUGGGUUAUGUUAGCUUUAAACACAACUAGGCUAUGCUAUGUUAUGCUAAGCUAAUUAGCAGAAACACAGACGGUCGCAGGCUUCAUUUUCCAAUUAUUUUUUUAAAAUCUGACCCUGAAAACACCCAGUGAAGUUCUCAGUAAAUUGAAAUGAAAUUAUGAAUGUAUCCACACAACAGCCAAUUUACAUUUAGUCAGCUUCCCUCUGACUCAGGUCCAUGACGCGGCGUGAAAGCAGCUCACUUGGCCUGUUGAACAAGUUUCAGAUAUGAUCCUUUUAACAACGAAAACAUCAACUCUCUGGAAGACACAACCACACUUAUUCUCUCAUUUCUAUACAUUUUAAGACUUACACUGACUUCCUUUCACUUGGAUAGUCUAACCAAGGCCUCAUCAUUAACAUGAACCAUAACCAGUUAUGACAGUAAUCUGUUUAUGCCAGAAAACGUCCUAAAUAGGUCACAAACACACACACAAACACAGAGAGAGAGAGCGAGAGAGGAGAUUACUUUUAAUUACAUUCAUGCCCUGGAGACUACUCUAACUUCAACCAUGACCACCACAAUACCUACUUUUAAUGUGUGUGUGUACAAACAACAACCACAGGAGGUGAGGACAUUUUGUGAAAGUGAGGACUAUUACUGAAACUCAGCUCGUUCAUUUCCAUUUCCUCUUUCAAAAAUACUUUGUCUGUGACUGUUGCUCUUGCUUCUAAUGGAAUUCGCCGCAUAUUGCACAUUGUUAUGAUCAUACACUAUCGUAAAUCUGAUUUCUAUUCCUCCAUAAAUCUUUAUGUCGUCCUUGUCACUGUAAACAAGAACUGGUUCUGAGUUGACCUUACCUUAAAUAAAGGUUACAUAAAUGAAACCAAAACAAUAUGGCCGGUCCUCACACUCUGUCACACCUUAAAAUGGGUUAAGACUUGGCUUUGGGGUUAAGGUUAGGUAAAGGGGAAGGGUCAGGCAUGUGGUUGUGAUGGUUAAGGUCAGUGUGAGGGGCUAAGGAAUGCACUUAGUCUGAGUGUCCUCACUGAGCAUGCUGUACAAGAAUAAGCAUCUACACGUUCAAAUGACAUAUGUCCUCCUCUCCACUUGUGCAUUUACUUUGUCUGUUUGUUUAUUUUGCAAAACCGGAAUCCGCCCGGGUGAUUCUUCGUGGCUGUUGUCUUCUCUGAGGGAAAAAAAAAAUCACGCACACACACCCCUUCAGGCCCUUUAUUCUGACUACAUGUCAGAGAAUGAGGCAGACGAGAAGAAAGACAGAGGGAGGAGCAGGCAUCCAUGGCAUCUGCAGCUUGACAGGAGUUCAGGCAUGUGAGCGCACCGAAGGAGCGUUGGGCUUUCUUUUUACAGGAUUCACACUCAAAAACAUACAGUGGACAAAGAGGACACAGACACCGGAACAAUGACGCCACCGAAACCGCCCAGGAAAAGCCUGAUGAUGAAGUCUAGCAUCACCAACGGCUAUGACACUCUACCACCCGCCUAUGAAGAGCCUGAUGCACUGAAGCCUGCGGUCACAGACGAAGUUCAGCCAGAGUUCAGAGUCAAGCCUGUACCUCGUCCUAGAUCUAAAAUACUACCAAAACCUCCACCAAGUGACACCACCAACUCUGCUGUUGACUCUGGGAAUGAAACAAGCAGUGAAACUACCGCAGUGAGUUGCCAGCACGAUGAAGAGCCUGCACCAAGGCUCCAGCCUGUUCGUCCCCCUCCGAGACCACCGCCAAUCAGAUGUUUGACCUCCACUACGGCAGAUGUUUAUGGAGGCAGCCAGAACAGCAGCUCAAAUACUGAGACAACUGUGAAUCCCCCAGCUGUCCGUCUUGAGAAGAGGAAAAGUCUUCCACCUCCUGCACGCCCCCCGCCUCCUGCCAUCUACUAUGAGAGAGUACAGUCUAUGAGAGGGAUGCCCCGUAAGACGAACAGCGUUGACUCUCAGCAAUCCACAGUCUACUCCACACAGCAGACAGACUCAGCAGGUUUCCCUGAAGAGGUGGCCACUCCUUGUGAGACUUAUGCAGAAAAGGCCACAGACGCGACAGACAGACCCACAGUUCCACCUCGUCUACAUCACGUGUAUGGCCCGUCGCCUACACAGACCAGACCACCACCCCCUGCCUUCAACCCACCACCACCACCACCACCACCGUACUCAACAGGGACACAGUCAGAGUCAGUGUACAGUGAGAUAGAACAUCGGCCCUACCUGGAUGUUCUGCCAGAGGACGAAAAUACAACCACGUCAGUGAGGUCGAUGCCUCGAUCUGGACUACGCUACCAGAGUGGCUGCUUCUCUUCACGUCAUCAGUCCAAAAAGGACGCAGAUGAAAUCAUUGUGAUGCUGAGAUGGUUGACAAGAGUGUCGAAAUCGGACAUGACUCCAUCGCUGUAUGGCCUCAGUUUAGAAGAGGAAAUAAGAUCAUUUGAGCAGAGGGCCAUGCAUGUGAGCAAGGCCCUGCGUCUCUACAAUCUCCUCUUGAUGAAGCGCAGCGACUGCAUGCGGAGCAUCAUCGCAGAGUUCAACUCCAUCUCCCACAACCUGGACAAGAUGAAGAAGAAGGCCAAAACCAUGGGCAUAGCUGGGGGCACCACUGGUGCCGUGGGAGGGGUGACUGCAGUGAUAGGCAUUGCCUUGGCCCCUGUGACCAUGGGAGCCUCACUCAUCGCUACAGCCGUUGGUGCUGGCAUGGUAGCAUCCGCUGGGGGUAUGGGCGCGCACACUGUCAAGGCCAACAAGAAGACUGUGAAUAGGACGACAGUUGAGAGACUAGCAUAUGAUUAUAAGGGGAACAUUGUCGACAUAGAACACUGCCUGGAGUUUAUCCUCUCUGGUAUGAAUGACCUGCGAAGGCAUGACAUUGCCAGACUACAUAGGGCGGGAGCCCAGUCUGACGCACUAAAGAUGGCACAUCUGUCACAGACUGUGUUUCAGAAUAACGCGGACAAUGAAAAGAAGACUUCUUGUGGACUGUCGUCUCAGAAACUGCUUCGGGAUUUUGCCAAGGAAUUGGAUCAGUAUUUCACGGAGGAGGAGGGUGAAAUGCUGAAGAAGUCAAACAAAAGCAGGUUUUCUGGUCGCGUUCGUCUGCUGGCUGAAAAUCUGCAAGACCACCUGGAAUACCUCGUUCGAAUGUGGGAAAUGUUUAGCUGAAACAGAGAACUCUGGUGUGCAUGUGUGUGAGUGUGUGUGUUCGCACAUGGGUGUGUAUUACGUUUCAGAAUGUUUUGAUAUAUAUAUAUAUAUUUGACAUAUAUUUUAAU